AAUGCCCUUUUGAUCAUUCAAAUCACCGAACAAUGACCGCUUUGACUUGUUAUUGAAAAUUUUUCGGAACAUGACACUUGGGUUAAGCGAUUGAUACCUUAAUAUAUCGCCGGGGGCCUUUGGCACAAGCUUCAUUAUCAAAGGAAUGACCAAACUGAGAGAGACUCUCAAAACCCCAAAGAGGAAAAAACCCCACGACCAAUCUUCUCCAUCUCCCUCUUCCAAAUCCUCGAAAAAGGAUGAUGUCAGCGCCACUACUUCCAAUGAGCCAUUUCCCGAUUUCUCUCGUCCCACGGCGGAGGAAUGCCGAACCGUACGGGAUGAUCUUUUGGCCCUUCAUGGUUUUCCCAAAGAAUUCAUCAAGUACCGCAAGCAGAGAUCACUCGAUCAUAUUGGAUAUGAAAAUGAUCAUGAUGAUAGUAGUGGUAAUGAGUGUUGUAAUGAGAGUGUAUUGGACGGUUUGAUUAGCACAAUUUUGUCGCAGAACACCACGGAAACUAACUCUCAAAAGGCUUUUGCUUCCCUCAAAUCUUCUUUUCCAACUUGGGAAUGUGUUCUAGCUGCUGAUGCAAAACUUGUUGAAGAUACCAUACGAUGUGGAGGUUUAGCACCCACCAAAACUUCUUGUAUCAAGGGAAUAUUAAGUUCAUUGUUUCAGAAAAAAGGAAAUCUGUGCUUGGAGUACUUGAGAGAGCUAUCUAUAGAGGAAAUCAAGAGGGAGCUCUCUUGUUUCAGAGGAAUUGGUCCCAAAACGGUGGCAUGUGUCUUGAUGUUCCAACUUCAGAGAGAUGAUUUUCCGGUGGAUACACACAUUUUUCAGAUUGCAAAGACUCUUCAUUGGGUACCUGCUGCAGCUGAUGUAAAAAAGACAUAUAUUCAUCUAAAUAGGCGAAUUCCAGAUGACCUAAAGUUUGACCUUAAUUGUCUCAUAUAUACCCAUGGUAAGGUCUGUAGAGAAUGCUCUGGAAAAGGUUCUAACAAACCCAAAAAGGAACAAUGUGACAAACUUUGCCCAUUACUGCGCCAGAGUUCUAAUGUAAUAUGAAACCAAAUUCCGCACUCUGCAUCUAUUCAUGUACAUUAGUUCUUUGCUAUCUUUUUUGUUCUCUUUCAUGUUCCUGUGAACUCUAUGCAUCUAUUUGUGUACAUGAAGUUUUUGCAUUUUUGUGUUC